AUGCGCCAGUCCUCUCGCGCAGCCGUGGCCGCUCUGGCAGCAGCCACUGCCAACGCUGCAUCUCUCUCUGAUGUUUGCACUGUCGCCAAUGUCCAGUCCGCCCUUCCGGCCAACGGCACCAUCCUGGGUAUCGAUCUCAUUCCUUCUGCCGUGACCGCCAGCACCGCCACCUCUUCGCCGGGGGGCGGCUUUGGUGGCAUGAUGAUGCGCUCUGACAGCGACACCUACGAAUACUGCAACGUCACCAUUGCCUACACUCACACUGGCAAGAACGACCAGGUCAUCGUCAAAUACGCCUUCCCCUCUCCUUCCGAGUUCGAGAACCGCUACUAUGUUGCUGGUGGGGGUGGUUUCUCCCUGUCCUCCGAUGCCACCGGCGGUCUCGAGUAUGGUGCAGUUGGCGCGGCCACUGAUGCUGGAUACGACGCUUUCAGUAACAGCUACGACGAGGUCGUUCUCUAUGGAAACGGCACUAUCAACUGGGAUGCCACCUAUAUGUUCGCCUAUCAGGCCCUGGGUGAGAUGACCACGAUCGCCAAGCCACUCACCCGCGGCUUCUAUGGAUUAGGAGACGAUACCAAGCUCUACACGUACUACGAGGGGUGCUCAGAUGGUGGUCGUGAAGGAUGGUCUCAAGUCCAGCGCUACGGAGCCGAGUACGAUGGUGUCAUCGUUGGUGCCCCGGCCUUCAGGUACGCUCAGCAGCAGGUUAACCACAUCUUCUCCGCUACGGUUGAACACACCCUGGACUACUACCCUCCCCCCUGCGAGUUGGCCAAGAUUGUCAACGCCACUAUUGAGGCCUGUGACCCUCUUGAUGGUCGUACUGAUGGUGUUGUCUCCCGUACCGACCUCUGCCAACUGCACUUCGACCUGAAGUCCAUUAUCGGCGAGCCCUACUACUGCGCUUCCGAGAACUUCACAUCCCAGGGAUUUGGCUUCAGCAAGCGUGCUGAGGGCAGCAGCACAACUUACCAGCCUGCUCAGAACGGCACUGUCUCUGCUGAGGCUGUUGCUGUUGCUCAGGGCAUCUACGAUGGUCUCCACGACUCCACCGGCAAGCGGGCGUAUUUGUCCUGGCAGAUCGCGGCUGAGCUCGCUGACGCUGAGACUCAGUACGACUCAACCACUGACAGCUGGGUCCUCGACAUCACCAGUAUUGGCGGGGAAUACAUCGCCCGCUUCGUUCAGCUCCUGGAUCUUGAUAACCUGAGCGACCUGGACGGCGUCACCUACGACACCGUGGUGGGAUGGAUGGACACCGCCAUGUUCCGCUACAUGGACAGUCUGCAGACCACCCUCCCGGAUAUUACUGAUUUCCACCAGGCUGGGGGGAAGAUUAUCCACUACCACGGAGAAUCCGAUAACAGUGUCCCCACUGCCUCUUCCAUCAAGUACUGGCAGUCCGUCCGCGAGGCCAUGUACGCCGACGCCUCCUACUCUGACUCGGUGACCGAGAUGGCCGACUGGUACCAGCUGUACCUCAUCCCCGGCGCUGCCCACUGCGGUACCAACACCCUCCAGCCCGGCCCAUACCCCGAGGACAACAUGCAGACCAUGAUCAACUGGGUUGAGAACGGUGUGAAGCCUUCCCACCUCAACGCCACCGUUUCCUCCGGUCCCUACGACGGUGAGACCCAGAUGCUGUGCCAGUGGCCCACUCGUCCCCUCUGGUCCAGCAACACCACCUUCGACUGUGUGCACGACCAGAAGUCCCUCGACACCUGGAACUACACCUUCGAUGCUUUCAACAUCACCGUGUACUAGAUUCGGGUCAGAAGUGACCUGUCAUUCAUCCUUCGGAUGCAGCGUUAGCAAGACAUAUUCAGAAGAUAUCCCUCUGCGAGGUUUCUUUGACACGUCUGUAUAUCUAU